AUGGGGAAUAGUUUCUCAAAUCUGGCCGCCUUCCAGUCCUUGCACAUCGUCAUGCUCGGUCUGGAUUCUGCGGGCAAGACCACCGUGCUGUACCGGCUGAAAUUCAACGAGUUCGUCAACACCGUGCCCACCAUCGGCUUCAACACCGAGAGGAUCCGGCUGAGCAACGGCGGCGCGAGGGGCAUCAGCUGUCACUUCUGGGACGUCGGCGGCCAGGAGAAGCUGCGGCCGCUGUGGAAGCCCUACAGCCGCUGCACCGACGGCAUCGUCUACGUGGUGGACUCCGUGGACGUGGACCGGCUGGAGGAGGCCAAGGCGGAGCUGCACAAGAUCACCAAGUUCGCGGAGAACCAGGGCACCCCGCUGCUGGUGAUCGCCAACAAGCAGGACCUGCCCAGGUCGCUGCCCGUGGCGGACAUAGAGAGACAGCUGGCCCUGUCCGAGCUCAGCCCCUCCACCCCGUACCACGUCCAGCCGGCCUGCGCCAUCAUCGGAGAGGGGCUGGAUGAAGGGAUGGAUACAUUGUACGAGAUGAUUGUGAAACGGAGGAAAUCGCUGAAACAGCGAAAGAAUAAGCGGCAGUGACCGCGGGCGUGCCGUGCGUCCCCUGCUCUGAUGACUGGCACACGUGUGCGUGCGCACGU